GACUACCCAUGUGAUUGCUGCAGCCAAUCACUUGCAUCAGUCAGGUACUUUAUUUCUGCAGUGACAGCCUCUCUGCAGUGAUGGUGUCCCCAACUACCAUGCAUGACCUCUGACGCUGCAGUGAUCACAUGGCAUAGUCAGGGACAUCAAUGCUGAACCUCCAGAAACAAAGACUGGAACAGCAGCUCUGGAACAGCUGACAGAAGAUGCGACUGCCACUGCUCGUCUUGUUUUCCGUCUCCACGACAGUCACCUUCAAAAAUGACAAACAGAAGAAAGAUGACUGCGGCGGUCAGUGGGACGGCAGCAACUUACCCAAGGCCAGUAUGCACUUUGUUGUCUCCCUAUAUAAAUUGGUGUCUUCCAAGACGGCAAAUGCCCCUCCCAACUUCUUCCUCUCACCAUUCAGCAUCUACACCACGCUGGCCAUGUUAGGUCUCGGGGCAAGAUCCUCAACUCAGCAGCAGAUUCUGGAUGCCAUGUGUUUGAAUGCCAGUCAAGCCGACAAAAUCUUGAAGGACGACUUUAAGAACUUCCUUGAAAAAAGUAGAACAAAACAAGGAGAGGUGGAGUUCAGAUUUUCCAACUGGCUCUUCCUAGAGAAAUCCAUUUCCCCUGACACCCAAUACCAGCAGGACCUGGUCAACUACUACAGCACCUACAUCUACGUCAUUAACUUCAAGGAUCCAUUGAAGGCAGAGAGAAUUAUCAACGAGAAAAUCAGCGGCCAUGCAGAUGGCAAAAUAGAAGACUUGGUCAGCAACGUGAACAGAUGGACGCUGAUGGUUCUGCUAGACUAUGUAAAGUUUAAUGCAAAAUGGGAAACCCCUUUCGCCUUCCAAGGGACCAAACGUGGACUUUUCAAGGUGAACAAGUUAAAAACGAUCGAGGUUAAAAUGAUGCAUCAAGUGGGCCAAUUCAAGACCUUCAAGGACCAUGCACAUGACUGUGUGGUAGUUCAGGUCCCAUACACCGACCAGCUCGUUCUGCUAUUUGUUGUGCCGAAUAAUGGAGAUCUCGAUGAAGUGGAAAACCAGUUAUCCAUACGGCUCAUAGGACGGUAUUUAAACAAAGCUAAGACCAGUCUGCUGGAUCUCUACAUCCCUAAAAUAUUUGUACAACAGGAAGUGAAUGUGCAGAGUGCUCUGAUGAAAAUGGGGAUACUACAAGCGUUUAACGAAACCGCAGAUCUGUCUGGGAUCUCAAAGGUACCAGGGCUGAAAGUGUCUGGAAUUUUGCACAAGACUUUGAUUAAUAUUGCUGAGAACCAGACAGAAUCCACUGAAGGUGGAAUCGUAAACAUUUUUACUCUUCCCAGUGCUUUAGAAUUUAAAAUUGAUCGACCAUUUCUUGCCUUGGUGUACAACAAGCCUAUGAACACUAUUGAGCUAUUAGGGAGAGUUAUAGAUCCUUCAGAGGAUUAGGUUUUCCUUCUUAUUCUGUGUCUACACUGGGGGAAAGGAUGAGACUUACUGUAAAAUAAAGUUUCUCCCUGAACAACUGUG